GCAGCCUUCCAGCCACGUUGCAUUGAUAAGCUGGAGCUACCUAGAGACUUGUUUAUUAUCAUGCUAAUGAUAAAUACGCAAUUUUGCUUGGCAUGUUAUCAGUUCCCAACACAACUCGUUGCGUAUUGACGGAGACUGACACCCACACUGAGUCACGUGAUCCUGAGUCUGCACAUCCUAUGACAAAUAUGAUUACUGUGAUUGCGCUACUGGGCGUGCUGGAGAGUUGCUUGUCGAUUGCUCCAUCUCUUCAUCUGCUUGACCCUCUAGCAGCCAAGGAAACCGGAGCUCUCUGCCUCGAUGGCAGCCCUCCAGGAUACUAUUUCAGACCAGGAUCUGACAAUGCCAAGUGGCGAAUUCACCUGCGAGGUGGUGGCUGGUGCUUUGACGAACGUUCUUGCCUGUCGAGAUCUCAAACUUCUCUGGGAACCAGCAAAUUCUGGCCAAAAGAGAUAACAGAUGCUGCCAAUGGAUUCAUGAGUGACGACUCUAAGACAAACCCGGAUUUUUCUCACUGGCAACUUGCUUUCAUUGAAUACUGUGAUGGCUCAUCCUAUACAGGAAACAGAGAGGAACCAGUUCAAGUCAAUGACACCAUUCUUUAUUUCAGAGGUCAACGAAUUUUCGACGAACUUCUUAAAGACAUGGAUCGUCGCUACGGGCUACUCACAAACAGCACAGACGUAAUACUAACAGGUACAUCGGCUGGAGGUUUAGCUACAUACCUUCAUGCAGACUACCUUCGAUCGCUUCUUCCCACUACCACAUCUUAUGCAGUCUACCCUGACGCUGGAUACUUCCUAGAUCAUAAGGAUGUAUCUGGAUCGAAUAAAAUUCUUCAAGCCUUCAUGAAUGGUUAUCGUUUAUGGAAUGGCACUGGAGGCACCAACCAAGCUUGCAUUCGUGAAACAUCACGCAGUGAUGGCUGGAAAUGUUUCUUUGCUCCCUAUGUCUAUAGAUUCAUACAAAACACAAGAGUGUUUGUCUUAAACUCUCUUUAUGAUUCUGCCCAAAUUUCAGGAAUUUUUCGUCUUGGUUGCAAUCCAGACAAGCAAGGCAACUGCAGCAAGAAACAACUAGAUGAACUCCAGCAAUAUCGGGAUGACAUGGUGAAAGCACUAGAUCCCGUCAUUAAGUCUCAAAGAGAUGGCAUUUUUGCAACUGCAUGUUACCAACAUGAAGAAUCAUGCCAAGACUUUGAUUGGGACGGAGUCCAUGUUAACAAUGUCUCUCAACGUCAAGCGUUUGGUGACUGGUAUUUCAACCGAACUCAACCGGCUCACAGCAAAUACAUCGAUGUUCGCUGGCCAGACAACAAAUCUUGCAAGUUAGGUAUCAUUCAUGGUCCAUGUUGACGAACUUGGACAAUGUCUCAUUGUUAGCAUCAAGAGCAAGAAACAAUGAUUUGCUAUGUUCAUAAUUAGUUCACAUACAAUAGCAAAUUGAAGUCUUUGUC